GGUCGCGCCUCCCUCAAAACCCUGAGUGUCACAGUAAAAACGUUUUCAUUUAAUCGGCUCAGGCAGUCAUUUAUUUCAGUGUCCAAGAUCACUGAAAGGCAAAACGGACACUGCAAGACACCAGUAUAACGACAUAAACUACAAUGGAUUAUUCAACCAAUGACAGCAAAUCAACCAGCAAGAAUAAAGUGGUGGCUGUGGUGGGAGGUGGUUUGACUCAAUCAACCCUCUCUCAGGUCGGCGCCUUGAAUGCCUGCUACUUUGCAAAAAGAGGUUUUCAAGUAGAGGUCUUUGAAUCUCGAGAAGAUAUCCGCCAAGCCAAAAUAGUCAAGGGAAGAAGCAUCAAUCUAGCUCUAUCUCACAGGGGUCGCCAAGCAUUGAAACAAGUGGGAAUGGAAGACACGAUUGUCUCCAAAGGAAUCCCCAUGCAUUCCAGAAUGAUCCACUCCUUGAAUGGGACACAGUCCCCCAUUCCUUAUGGCAAGAAAGGACAGUACAUCCUGUCUGUCGACAGAGCCAACCUCAACAAAGAACUGUUGUCAGCGGCAGAGACGUAUUCAACCACAAAGCUGAACUUCGCCCACAAACUACUCAACUGGAGCACUGAAACAGGAGCAAUGACCUUUCUCAGGGCUGAUGGUACAAAGGAGGAGAUCCAGGCAGACUUGAUUGUGGGGUGUGAUGGAGCAUUCUCUGCCAUUCGGAAACAGUUCCUCCGUCAGAGCCGUUUCAACUUCAGUCAGACCUACAUCCCCCAUGGGUACCUGGAGCUCACCAUGCCCCCCAUCAAUGGAGAGUUUGCCAUGAAGCCUAAUUAUCUGCACAUAUGGCCACGCAACACAUUCAUGAUGAUUGCUCUGCCCAACUUGGACAAGACUUUCACCUGCACACUCUUCAUGCCGUUUGACGAGUUUGAAAAUGUCACCACGGGCGACCAGGUCAUUGAGUUCUUCCAGAAAUACUUUCCCGACACCAUCCCACUAAUAGGAGCGGAUGCUCUUAAGAGGGAUUAUUUCCGUCUACCAGCCCAGGCCAUGGUGUCCGUGAAGUGCUCUCCAUAUCACCUUAGUGAUAAGUGUGUCCUUAUGGGGGAUGCAGCCCACGCUGUGGUGCCAUUCUAUGGACAGGGGAUGAACGCAGGCUUUGAAGACUGCCUUGUUUUCAACGAAAUCAUGGACCAGCUCAACGAAGAUUUCAGUGCUGUUCUGCCUGAGUACACUCGAGUCCGAGUCCCAGACGACCAUGCCAUCGCAGACCUGGCCAUGUACAACUACGUCGAAAUGCGGUCACACGUCAAUUCCAAAUGGUUCCUGUUCCGAAAAUACGUAGACAAUACCCUCCACAUGAUUAUGCCAAGGACAGUAAUCCCCUUAUAUACCAUGGUUACAUUUACUAGGACAAGGUACCAUGAGGCAGUAAAACGCUGGCACUGGCAAGACAAAGUGAUCAACCAAGGCCUGUUAUGUGUGGCAGCAUCUGUUGUGGGGGGCUCCUACCUUCUAGUCAGAUACCCCCCUAACAUGCCAAACAUCUCCAUCGAGCAGCUGUGGACCAGGCUGCAGGCCCUCAAGAGUCCCUUCUGAGGUUUUGUGGGCUAAUACCUCUUCGUCCCAGAUAAAGGGGUGAAAACGGAGCUAGAAACAAGAUGGAAAAAUACAGUGUUCUGUGACCCAAUUACCAAUGUAAUUUUUUUCAUAAUGUACAUUUUAUUGACUGUAAUUGAAGGCCUGUGGGGCACAUUUUGUGUUAAUGUACAGGUAACUGCCAAAAUGAUACCCCUCUUUCAAAGUUAAUGACAAUUCUUCUUCUAGCCAUGGUAACCAAAAUAAUGGGCAACUGGGCAUUUUUAUACAUAAUCCUAAUAGGCUGUUAAUUUCUUAAUUAACUCAGUAACCACACCUGUGUGGAAGCACCUACUUUAAAAAUACUUUGUGUCCCUCAUUUACUCAAGUGUUUAUUAACCAUUAUUAACCAGCAUCCAACUCGUGUCAGUCAUGUUGCAGUAAUUAAACAUUCCAAAUCAUUUGUGGCAUAUUAUUGUCCCAGUUCCAUGUGAGGUCAACAUGCCAGAAAAUAACUGAAGUGCCUUUUUUGUGGGUGUGUUGAAUCAAA